AUGGGUGCCUUGUACCUGAAAUUGUUCAGUGGUUGGUGCUUUACUUCAAAUAGUAUGUGUCAUAAUGGUGGGAGAAUUGUGCUUGCUUGGAAACCUGGUGAGUUUCAGGUAAACCCUAUUUUCUGCUCUAGUCAACUGAUUCAUUGUGAAAUUAGUCUUAAGAAUGGUACUAAAUUCUGGAGCUCAUUUAUAUAUGCUCAUAAUACUCAAAAAGAAAGAUUGGUACUAUGGAAUGACUUGUGUGAUCUUACUGCAAGGAUUACUGGUCCUUGGAUCCUCAUGGGUGACUUCAAUUGUGUUCUGAAUACUGAUGAAAGGGUGGGUAGCCAUGUGAGAUUGAAUGAAAUACAGGAUUUUCAGAACUGUGUCAAUACUUGUGGUUUAGAAGAUGCUAAGUCCAGUGGUAAUUUCUACACCUGGAAUAAUAAACAGCAGGGUGAUUGUAGGGUUUUCUCUAAGUUAGAUAGGGUUUUGAUUAACCAUCUAUGGAGCUGUCAGUACCCUAAUACUGAGGUUUGCUUCAAAAAUGAAGGGUAUUUUGAUCAUUGUCCUGGUGUGGUGGCUGUGUUCCCUCACUUAGCAGUGGGCAAGAAACCUUUCAAGUUCUUUUCAAUGUGGCAACAAGCCCCUCAAUAUAUGGAGAUUGUGAGUACUGCUUGGGGCUGUGCAUACCAGGGGACUAAAAUGUUCCAACUGAUUCAGAAGCUCAAAAAUGUGAAAAAUGCUUUGAAAAGGUUAAACAAAGAUGGCUUUGGUGAAAUUGAGGCAAGGGAGUUGGCUGCUUCUAAACAUCUCAAUGAUCUGCAAGCUGCUUUACACCUUAACCCUUCAAGUGAGGAUCUGGCUUCAAUGGAGAAAAUUGCUCACCAGGAAUACUUGGUAACUCAUGCAGCCUAUCUCAACUUCCUUUCUCACAAGGCUAAGUUAGAAUGGGUCAAAGGUGGGGAUGACAACACUGCUAUGUUCCACAGGGCUAUCAGACACAGACAGGUUCAUAACUCUAUCUUUUCUAUCAAGGAUAUGUAUGGUAAAUGGAUAUAUGAGCCUGCAAAGGUUCCUGCUACCUUUCUUGAGUAUUACAAAUGGUUGUUGGGGUCCAAAAAUCCCAUUAGAACUACAGUUAAACAGACUGUGGUUAAUAAAGGCCCUCUGGUUGAUGAUGCUAUGAGAUGCUUGCUUCUUAGCUCUUAUUAA